UAAGCAUUUCCCAAUGAUGGCUGCCGCUCGCAUUCAGCGGUGGGCGAUAAUUUUGUCGGCAUAUGAUUAUCAUAUCAUGUAUCGCAAGGCAGAAGAUCAUGGAAAUGCAGAUGGCUUGUCACGGAUCCCAUUACCUGAAAUUACCGAUGUAGGAACAGAAGCCAUUUCAGCAAAUAUCAACACACUUUUGACAAACCAUCUUCAAGAAGCUCCUCUAAAUGCAGCACAGAUUGCCAGAAUGACAAGAACAGAUCAAGAACUUUCUAAAGUGUUUCGUUAUGUCAUGGAAGGUUGGCCAAUUGAAGUGUCAGAUGAUUUGAAAGUAUUCUACGCGAAAAGAGAUGAACUGUCAGUAGAACAGGGAUGUCUGCUAUGGGGCACACGAGUGAUUGUACCAUUCAAAUUUCGAAAAUCAGUGUUACAGGAAAUUCACUCAGGACACCCUGGCAUUGUUAAAAUGAAAGCUCUGACUCGUAAAUACGUGUGGUGGCCUAAAAUUGAUACAGAUAUAGAAAGAGUUUGCAAGGAGUGUCAAAUCUGUCAACAAGAACAAAGAAUGCCAAGUCACGUCCCUCUUCAUCCUUGGGAAUUCCCGGGUGAGUGUUGGAAAAGGUUGCAUGUGGAUUUUGCUGGUCCGUUCUUGAACAACAUGUUUAUGAUCAUUGUUGAUGCUCAUUCUAAAUGGUUGGAAGUUUUUCGUAUGUCACAGAUUACUUCUCAAGCUACUAUUACCAGAUUGAAGAGAUUGUUUUCUGCAUAUGGAUUACCUGAACAAAUCGUGACUGAUAAUGCAACUACUUUUACUUCUGAUGAAUUCCAAAGAUUUGUGAAGCAGAAUGGUAUUAUGCAUACCAGAAGUGCACCAAAACACCCAGCAACAAAUGGAUUGGCAGAAAGAUAUGUCCAGACGUUCAAGAGGGGUAUGAAGAAAUUGACUAAUGAGCAAAUGUGCAUUGAUGAUAGACUAUCUUUAUUUUUAUUGCACUAUCGCACAACUCCUAAUUGUACCACAGGUCAGUCACCAUCUGAUUUAUUUUUAAAGAGACACAUUCGCACCAGGCUGGACUUCCUGAAACCAAACAUUCAUGAGACGGUUCGCAGAAAACAGUAUUUGCAGAAAAAUCAACAUGACUAUCGGGCAAGAGAGAGAUCCUUUGCUGUGGAUGAUUCUGUUUUCCUGCGAAGUACAGUGGGAGGAGAUCCGAAGUGGUUAUCUGGAGUGAUUACACAACAGACAGGACCUGUUUCGUACAAGGUACGUGAUCCAGCAUCGGAUACUGUGUAUAGACGGCAUGGUGAUCAAUUGAGACCACGCACUUCGUCCUCAGAGAUUCCAAUGCCACCGAAUGAAAAGGAGACUGCUCAAUCUGCUGAAUCUAAUGAUCAAGCUCAAAAUGCUGAACUCAAUGAUCAAGAUUCUGGAUUUGCUGGAAUUCCAGGUACAUUUGACUCUGAGGUACCUUUUGAACUAACAGAACCCCUGAUUCCAAGUCCAGGGGGUCUACGUCGCUCUAAACGAACUAUUAAAUUACCACAGCGUUUUAGAAAUUGAGAAUUUGAACACAUGUGGUGCUUUUGAACUGAUAAUGUGGUGUAUGAUUUUUAAUGGGGGAGGAAAUGUGGUGUAUUUGGGAUAAUGUGUAUAUAUGCAUGAUGAGCAGUCAUUGGUUCCUAUGCCUGGGAAGAGGGUAUUUAAAUCACGUGAUGUGAUUUGCACGUG